AUGAUCAACGCAGUACUGGUAUUCAACAAUAACGGUCAACCUCGGUUGACCAAAUUCUACUCUCAGCUGGACACAGCAACUCAGCAGUCCUUACUCAAUCAGAUAUUCACACUUGUAUCUGCUCGUCCAGCAUCGGCGUGCAAUUUCUUGCCACUUCCUCCGUUGUUGGCUCCUUCUGGCAGCAACGCCUCUCCCGAUGCUCCCACACAAAUUACUUACAGACACUAUGCGACGCUCUAUUUCAUUUUAAUCUCUACCUCGACCGAGUCUCCCCUGGCUCUUCUCGACUUCAUUCAGGUCUUUGUCGAAGCUCUUGAUAGAUUGUUCGAAAACGUUUGCGAGCUGGAUCUGAUCUUUGGUUUUGAAACACUUCAUGCCGUAUUGAGCGAAAUGGUGGUUGGUGGCGUGGUAGUAGAAACGAGCCUCGAGAAGAUUGUCGAUGGUGUCAAGACCAACGAGGGCACAAAAGGGAAGCGACGGGCUGUCAAUUCACGAGACUCAGGAAGUUCCCUAGGCAGAGGAAGUGGCUUUGCCGGCCUGGGUUGGCCAACGACAGGCCAUGGAAGCUGGAGGUGA